AUGCCGGGGGCAGUUGCGUUCUUGAAGCAGGAUGCUCUUCACAAUUUCCAUUCGGAAACUGCGACUUCAUCAACAUGGGCACCAGAUGUCUCUUGCUGCAUGACUUCCACCAUGACCUUCGUAUCUGGCAGCCUGGAUGGCUUGACUGGUCCACCGACUCCUUUUGCUUUACGAGUCAGGCCGUGGCUGAUCUUAAUCUUUGCCAUGCUGGGCUUCGUAGGGCUGGCGCGCUUGGCUUUGUUAGAUGUGACUGGAGGACUCUUCCUGGUGCUGGCCGUCUUCAUCGGCUACAUGGCCAUCAGGAAAGGGAUGAACAUCGCCUGGUUGCUAUGCCUGGCGAUGAUCCUGUUCCUGAAUUCAAUGCUUGAUGGCUUUCUAGUACUCGCGCUGGGACUUCGAACCCAGUGGGACUUCUUCUUCAAAAAACAGCCUUGGUAUUUAUUUCUUGGACGGUUCUUGACCUUCAUAGGGCCCAUGUUGGAGCUGGUUGGUGCCUACCUCUCCUGGGCCAUCUACAAGGACCACAUGGAGCAUAUUCCCAGCAGCGAGGUAUUUCUCGUCCCAGAUAGCCAGGUGUCCUACCACUCCACCGAGCCGCCACGGCCGCCGCCGCCGCGGCCCGGCUUCGCCGCCUUCAGUGGCCCUGCGCACCGCAGAGCUGGAGCUGCCACAGAUUCAAAGCCGUGCAUCGUGUCACCCUUCCGUGUCAAAGCCGAGACGUGCCCGGACAAUCCGCGGACGCAGCAAAAGGGCUUGAUGCAGCCGAAGUUGAAGUGCAUCUGGGUGUUGUGUGACCUUGGCGAGCUCUUUGGCUUUGUGGUGGAUUCUGGUGCAGGAUUCCUAGUGGAGGCUCCCGAAGCUCCAGUGCAUCCAACCAGCUUCGGUGGUCAUGGACACCACGCGCCGCCCGGCAAUCCACAGGAAGCAUUAGAACAGGCGAAGGCUGGGUUCAAAACGUGUAUGCUAGGCUUCAUGGCGUCCAGUGCCGCCUUGCUCAGUUCCUAUGUCACGUGGAGUUUAGAGAAGGAGCAUUUCGAACAUGAAGUGCAUGAGCAUCAUCAACGUCAUGGCGCAAGGCACUAA